GGGCGGAGCUACCGCCGCCUUGGCGGGAAAAGAGGCGCGCAGAAAGACACGUACCCCCGAGCCCGCCAUCAGCCGCCGCCAGCGUCCCGGCCCCGCAGCCGCGUGAGCGCCAUGCCCGCCCCGGGCUCCGAGCGGCAGCGCCCGCCGUCGCCGUCGCCGCCCGCGGCGCAGAAACCGGCCGCGGAGCCGCAGCCGGCACCCCACGGGGAGCUGCAGUACCUGGGGCAGAUCGAGCAUAUCCUGCGCUGCGGGGUCCGGAAGGAUGACCGCACCGGCACCGGCACGCUGUCAGUGUUCGGAAUGCAGGCGCGCUACAGCCUGAGAGAUGAAUUUCCUCUGCUGACAACCAAACGCGUAUUCUGGAAGGGUGUUUUGGAGGAGUUGCUGUGGUUUAUCAAGGGAUCUACAAACGCUAAGGAACUGUCUUCCAAGGGAGUGAAAAUCUGGGAUGCCAAUGGGUCUCGAGACUUCUUGGACAGCCUGGGAUUCUCCAACAGAGAAGAAGGGGAUUUAGGCCCAGUUUAUGGCUUUCAGUGGAGGCAUUUUGGGGCAGAAUACAUAGAUAAGGAUUCAGAUUAUUCAGGUCAAGGAGUAGACCAACUGCAAAAGGUCAUUGACACGAUCAAAACCAAUCCCGACGACAGAAGAAUCAUCCUGUGUGGCUGGAAUCCAAAAGAUCUUCCUCUGAUGGCCCUCCCUCCGUGCCAUGCCCUCUGCCAGUUCUACGUGGUGAAUGGUGAGCUGUCCUGCCAGCUGUACCAGAGGUCAGGGGACAUGGGCCUGGGCGUGCCCUUCAACAUCGCCAGCUAUGCCCUGCUCACCUACAUGAUCGCACACAUCACAGGCCUAAAGCCAGGUGACUUCGUACAUACUUUGGGAGAUGCACAUAUUUACCUGAAUCACAUUGAGCCACUGAAAAUGCAGCUUCAGCGAGAACCAAGGCCUUUCCCGAAGCUCAAAAUCCUUCGAAAAGUUGAGACAAUCGAUGACUUCAAGGCUGAAGACUUUCAGAUUGAGGGGUACAGUCCUCACCCGACUAUUAAAAUGGAAAUGGCUGUUUAAAGUGCUCUUAAAGGAGGUAUUUGAAGGCUAUUCAGUCUGUAGGGUUUGGACUGAGUCCCCAGGUGAAAGCAAAUGAGCUCAUUUGCCCUAGAGGAAGAGGGAACUAGGUCAAAAAUCUCUUGGUGACCAGCAUUUAUUAACUUGUAAGAAUGUUGCCAUUGACAAACAUAACCUUGCUUGAUCCUCUUAGCAACAAAAUGCCUUGAAUUUGGUUAACUCACUGAGGACAUGUGAAAAUGCCGAGAUGGGGACUCAGAUGAGAAUAAAAACUGGAAUACUCUUAAAACAUGUACAUGCAUUUCAACCCCCCAUUUUUAUGAAGGUCCAUGAAUUUCAGGAAUUAACAUCAGCUCUUUCCCCAAAUCUGAGCAAGCUGAACAACACCAGCAUUCAUUAAUAAUGUACAGUUGUGGUUAUGAACAUUUAAAGUUAUUUGCUUUAUAUAUUGCUAUAAUAAAGAUGUGUUCUGCAUUCAUCUUUUUAAAAAAGUUUUUUAAAUUCUGUAUUGCCAUUCUGCUCACUUCCUGCCUAAAAGAUUAAGUGAACCCUCCUAAAUAAACACAAGCUCUAUUCUCAUUUGGA